GCCGCAAUCGUCAUUUUGAACUUCUGGCCACGAGACAAGGGAUCACCUGUCAUGUACGUAGUCUAAAACUUGUAGAGAUUUGUGGUUAUGCCCUCCGAAACUCAAUGAACUGAGGAACUGAGCUUAGCCGGUGUGAUCCCCGUCGUGACCGUGCUACCCUAUUAUCAGCCGAAAACGCAGUAGCAUUAUGCCAAACAGCAUUUCAUCCCAAGAGGUGUUGGCCUGUAUAGUCUUCAUAGCAAUGUAGGAGAUAGGCAUCCCUCUCGGAUUCCUGUCCGUGGAUACAAUGUUCACCGCCUCUACGUCCCCGGGCAUCCGCUUGAAGAAAAUUGAUUCUUUCAUUGACUCCGUCAAUGAUGACAGCAGCUGGAGGAUAUGUUCGAUCUGCGUAUGCACUAUUCAUGAUAAGUUCCGGCGCCUCAAGUAGCUCACCUCGUAAUCAACAAUAUGUAAACUCUCUACGGCCUGGCCAAAACAUAAGACACAGCAUGUCUGAAUGGCGGCGGAGCUAUCCACACGCGGGCGCGCCAUGGAGACAAGGAACUUCUAGUGGUAGGCGUACCGUGCUUGUCGUUGGUCCAAUUCAGUACACAUUUGGCGAUGUAGGUAAGCCGUAUGCGACAGGGCAACGUCUCGCUUCCUCCAGGAAUGACACCCUACAUGGCACAUUAAUGAGCAAAAAUAUAUCUUCAACUGCAGAUUCGUGAGCGAGAGAUAGAAUGUCGUCACCUGAGCCAUCUUCGGUCGUUUUUACGUAACUUCCCUUGUGAUCUUUGAAGUGAAGUUUCAUGCUGCAUGACGGUAAAUGGAGGCAGGAUACACAGUUUCAGGUUUGGGGCGUGUCAUCCGCCCAUGUUGUCGUGCACAACUUCCAUGGCGACCUCUCUGGAGACCGUGUCCCGAGAUGUCCCUGGACGGCUUCCACGAUAUCCGAGAAGCUAAUGGAAAGGUGCGCGCGCAUCCACCUGAGGCUGGGUGUUGGCGGAGGAUGACACUUGCUUACGCUAACGCACGCUUGACCAUCGUAUGACAAUAUGCACUUACUCUUACUUCCGUUGUCCGUUCGUCAUCUGGACGUCCAAAGCGCGCAAAACCAGGCAAGACUGCUGCGAUACAUAUUUACCAUGCCAUCGUUUGCG